AUGAGCCAUUUGCAGAACUUACUGUUAGAUACACUCCUGGGAACAAAGCAUGUGGACAGUGCAGCCCUCAUCAAACUCCAGGAGCGGAGCCUAUGUGUAGCAUCACCAGGAUUUAGUGUAAUGCCCAGUGAUGUCCGAACACUUGUAAAUGGGUUUGCCAAAAACCCUUUGAAAACCAGAAGAGAAGGACUGUAUUUCAAGGAGAAGGACUACAAAUGUGUCCGGGCAGAUGACUAUUCUCUUUAUGCCAAGAAUGAAAACACUGGUGUGAUUGUUGUGAAGACCCAUCUGUAUCUUCUGGUGACAACUUACUCUGAAGGCAUGUAUCCUAGUGUCUGUGUGGAAGCCACAGAGAAGUUGGGAGACUAUCUAAGAAGAAAAGGGAAUUAA